AUGUAAACAAGCUAUUAUUUGUGGCACGCUGCGAAAAAACUGAAAAAGUGUGAUGUGAUCGGUGACCUGAACUCGAAUAGAUUUGAUAAAAGUUAUAAAUAUUUCCUGUUUCUGAACUAAAAUUUUGUUACUAGCAACUACUUAUAAAUGUCUGCAACUUUUGCUCAACGCCCUGGCCCCCGUCCUCCACCAGAUCCUAAACAAAUCCAGAGAUUAUUAGACGAAAAUGGACACCUCAUUCAAACCAUACAAGAAUAUCAAAGUAAAGGAAAAGCUCAAGAAGUUAUGCAGUAUCAGACUCAAUUGCACAGAAAUCUGGUUUUCCUGGCCACUCUAGCAGAUUCAGCACAAAGUGUAAAUACAUUGCUGCCUAUGAUACAGCCACCAGGACCAGGAGGGGGUCCUCCUCAGCCAACUCAUGGCCCCCAACCUCCCACUACCGACCAGCAGCAUAUGAACAAUUUUAAUCAUCAGCAACAACCACCAGGACCAGGAGGCCCAUACAGGCAACAACCAGGACCCCAGAGACCUGGCCUUCCUGGUCCACAUCAGUACCCUCAAAGGGGGUACCCUCAAGGGCAAUAUCCUAACCAGUAUCCACCCCAAGGACAGGGUUAUCCACAGGGCCAAUAUCCUCCUCCAAAUCAACCACCAGGUUACCCCGCUGGUGCUCCACAAGGAAACUAUGGACAACCCCCAACAACUGCUGCUCAUAAUAAUUAUCAGCAACCAGGUUAUGGUACACCACCCCCAAGUGGUGCUCCGCAACAGCAAAGCGCUCCACCAGGACCUUAUCCUCCUCCUAACGCCCCUCCUCAAAAUCAACCUGCGCAAUAUGGAGCUCCUCCAAACGGUGCCCCAUAUCCUAAUAGCACUCCACCUCAAAAUUACCCUCCUCAACAGGGAUAUCCCCCGCAACAAGGCUAUGUGCCGCCACCUUCAAGCCAGCCUCAGACCACUCAGCCCCCCUACUCCAACCAGCCUCCUACCGCUCCCCAAAAUUAUGCAACAAAUAAUUCUCAGAUGCCCCCAUUCUCCAGUCCUCCAACAAACAAUUCUAGCCCGGCUGUCACUUCGUCAGCGGCUCCUGCGCCACCCGCUACUUCUCAGCCAUAUCAACCCCAGUACCCUCCCAACUCUCAACCGUCUAAUCCUAAUGCUGGUUACACUCCUCCUCCUAAUCAAGGAUAUCCUCCGGGCCCAGCUGGUCCGCCCAAUACAUACGGAUAUCCACCUCAACCGGGCGGUUAUCCGCCUCAGCCUCAGUAUGGACAACAACCGCAAGGCUAUCAGUAUAGGCCCCCAGCAGGACAGGGGCCGCCUGGGCCACCCCCACAAGGUCAAUAUGGCUACAACUAUCCGCCUCAGCCCAACCCUCAAUAAAUUUCUGUUAAACUAUUUUAAAUAUUUUUUUCUGGUGAAAAUUAAGCUAUGAUGUGCAAAAUAAUAGUUUUUAUUUAAGAAGGAACUAAUUCUGUGUCAGUAGAGUUCUUUUAAUUCUGAUUCAUCAAAUUGUUAUCCUCAUUUUCUCUAAAAUUACGAAAUUCAGAUUAAUUUUUCUUAAUAAGAACAUAUUUGACUGUAUGGAUUAAAAUUAAUAAAACGCUCGUAAACAGAUUUUGAGUUAUAUUUUUUUCUUAAUCGGUUAAAAUUAGAUUUAAUUAACUUUUCCUCCAUUCCCGUUUGGUAUGUCAAAUCAUAUUAUAGUUGUUACGAUCUCAAAUGGAACCGCAUAAAAAAAUUUAACUCAUAAAUUCUACAGAAUCCAUAGGUGUCCAGAAAAAUUUAGCCCUGUCUCGUGUAGAUAUACUAUAUUCCGAGCUAUAUUACCAUAUAAUUACCAUAUGAUUGUCAAGUUUUCUAUGUCUAAAAUUGCAUUGUAAUAAAGCAUGUCGUAAAAUA